AUGAAGAUAGAAGAGGUGCAGUCCACAACGAAGAAGCAGAGGAUCGCUACGCAUACGCAUAUUAAGGGUCUUGGCCUCGAGGUCUCCCCCUCUCCCUCUCUCUCUCUCUCUCUCGCCCCCUCCCACUACGCUUCUUCACUCUCCCAUCACCCUUUGCUGACUUAUAGUUAACUUGUGUCUUUACGAGUUAGUUGACUUCUGUUUCUCCUGCGUCGUUCGUGUGGUGUAAUGUCUCACUGUGGGGCGAUUCAUUCUUGGCAAUCACCCGUGUUUAGGUUUUUUAACGUGGGUUGUUUCUUUAUUUAUUUUCCUAAGGCCCCGUUCUUCUCGUUCUGUUCGUGUAUACUCUAAAACUGGGGAAGAACCCUUUUUUAUUCACUUGCUUCAUUCCACUCUAUAUCAAAGUGGAAUACCCUUCUUUAUAUCAAAGUUUUUUCUUCUAUGUGACUGUUAAAUGCGACACGCCACAAGACUAUACGGGUAAAUGCUCCACUGUGAUCCUGAGGGUCCUUUGUCGGGGUAUUUAAAUGCCUGGUUUUCUUUUAUCACCUCAAGUUUGAUUUUAGGGUUUUAUUUAAUGGCAUGACUAGUGGGAAAGUUGCAUCUUCUGUGAGAUUUGGCAAUUGUGUGGCAUUCGGUCGUGCGAGGAAGGGCUCUUCUGUCAGGACUUCACUCGCUUGAAUGAAGGCUUGAAAUCGAAGUGCCGGGCCCAAAGCCUAAAGAUCUUAGGUUGUUGGGAGGGUUGUUGCUGUAUCCAUUUAUUUUCACGUGCCUUUUGAUGUGUACACCUAAUUGAAAAUAUUCUGUGGGAUUUUCUAUGAGAAGAUCCUGGAAAUGUUGGGCGGUUUCAAAUGUUCUGUGGUAAAAAAAUGAGUUUGUUUGUAGGCCAUAGAGGAGUUUUGCAGGAAUGAAAGCUCUUGUUGAUUGGAAUCCUAUAAAUCAUGGGUAGCUCAAACAUGGGUUUUUGUGCAAACCAAAGAGGAAGUUUGCUGGUAUGGAAGCAAUUGUUGAUCAUGAAGCAUGUCUUCGUGGUCUGUGGCAUCAAAAAUUUUACACGUAAUGGAAAGAUUUUGGUCCUCUAUUUUUUUUCUCGCGAGUUAUCAGUUGUUCAUUUGUGCAUACACUGUUUGAUGGAUCUUUGUGCAGACAGAUUUUUUUUUUUAAUUCUGACAAGGAGUUCUAGUCCUCUGAAUUUUAUCCUUUUACGACUCAAAAUGUAAUAAGCUAAAAAAUAGUGUUCAGGCAUUCAAUCAUUCAAUGCGAACUAUCUGAUGAAAUAAAUCCUACUUUAACAAAAAUGAAUGUGCUCUCUCCUCCUUUGAGGAAUAAGCUCUAGAAAGAUAGACAAUUGAGUUUUGUACUCGAAAUUCUCAUAUAUGGGUCUCCUUUGACAUGGGUACAAUUCCCAAAUCAAUUUGAAGCAGUGCUUUCAUCACUCUCAGUAUUAGAAAAAGAAAAUCCUACUUUCCUUUACAACAUUGCUCAUUUGACCUCCACGAUAAUAUCUUAGGUUAAAAUGUUGUAGCUCUGAUUCUUGCCAUAUGACAAUUAUUAUUUUGAUCAUGAAGACACUUAUCCCCUCGGUCAAAUUCUGCUGAUAAUUGUAGACGUUUAAUGUUCGUGCCAAAAUGUGUAGUUUUCAAAAUGGCCGCAUCUUCAUACUUUACCUCGGGAUUCGCACAUUGAUUAGUGGUAAGGUCCAUGGCUUUCCACUUUUACAUCUAGAGGUGCUGUCCUUGAUACAAAAGUGAGAACUAGUUUAAAAGAGUUGCAGAGAUGGGGUGAGCCUGAUGUUAAUUUCCUCUCAAUGCGAAGAAUUUUUGUACAUGGUUCAUUAAUUUCCUCUUUAUUUUGUGGUUGCUUUAAUAUUAAUUCUUGGUUUCUGGAAGGCAAUUGCAACGCUCUCUCUCUCUCUCUCUCUCUCUCUGUCUCUGACGCACUCACUCACUCACUCAGUCACGCUCGCUUGCUCGCUGGGUGAGUUCUUCUUGUUUUGACAAUAUUGAGCCUUGUUUCAGGCCAGUGGGAGGGCACUCCCGAUGUCUGCUGGCUUUGUAGGUCAAGUUGAUGCUAGGGAAGCUGCUGGCCUGGUUGUUGAUAUGAUCAGGCAGAAGAAGAUGGCUGGACGAGCACUGCUAUUUGCUGGUCCACCCAGUACGGGGAAGACUGCUUUAGCUCUUGGCAUAUCACAAGAACUGGGAAGCAAGGUACGAUCCAUGAACCAUCAUGUGUUUUUGAUGCUCUUCUAAUGAGAAAAAAAAUUCUGAAAUCAAGCGUUUUGGAGGAUAUUAUUUUCUCGUGUAUUUGUCCACGAAAAUAAAAAGAAUGUUUCAGUUUGGUCUUUCUCUUAUCAUUUUUAUAUAAUUUAAACGUUUCAGUUUUUCUCUUUCUCUUAUCAUUUUUAUAUGAUAUAACUUAUAUCCUCAUUAAUUUUAUGCAAUGGUGUAAUAACGUUAUUUGUGCAUUUUCUCGUUUUUAUAUGCAUUUUAGGGUAUCGAGCUUUAAUGUCUAUAUAUUUUGAACUUGACAUUGAACCAUUUACCUGCAUAUGACGUGAGAUAAAUCUUCUCACGAUUGAAAUCCUUUGGUAUUUAAUUUAGCUUGAGUUUAAUUAUCCCAAACUUUAUAUGGUAUUGUCACAUGAAAUAUAACUCAUAUUAUCCUGGUUGGAGUGACAGUUUUUACUCUCAUUUGCUGAGACAUUUUUACACAAUAUGAUUCAAGUUAACUCUCAGGUUCCUUUUUGCCCAAUGGUUGGAUCAGAAGUCUACUCAUCAGAAGUGAAGAAAACUGAGGUGCUCAUGGAAAACUUCCGUAGGUCUAUUGGCCUGCGUAUCAAAGAGAAUAAAGAAGUGUAUGAAGGGGAGGUAAAUUCACACCUUGCCUGCCAUUGAGAUCUGUUUUGAUUUAUUUUUUUUCUCUGAUAAAAUAUGAUGCUCUCUAGCCUUGUUCUUCAUGUAUGGCUAUAAACACACUCCUGCGGUGGAACACAUUUUUCUUAAAAUAAUACGGGUUCAUUUUGUCAGGUGACUGAACUCUCGCCAGAAGAAACCGGGAGCACCACAGGUGGCUAUGGAAAGAGCAUAAGUCAUGUAAUUAUAGGGCUUAAAACGGUAAAGGGAACCAAGCAGCUGAAGUUGGAUCCUACUAUCUAUGAUGCUUUAAUAAAGGAAAAGGUAAAUUAAUUUUCUUUUCAUGUGUGCCAUUAUCUACAUUGAUAGUUCAUAAAGUCCAAUGGCACACAGGUACCUAUAUCUUGAUGAGUUUCUUGGCUUUUGUAGGUACCUAUAUCAAGUCUAAGUUUUGAAGAGAUUUGUUGUGCCAGAUAUUAAAAGGGUGGUUUUGCUUUGGUUGAUGAUGUAGGUGGCGGUGGGUGAUGUAAUCUAUAUUGAAGCGAACAGUGGAGCAGUCAAGAGGGUUGGCAGGAGUGAUGCUUUUGCUACUGAGUUUGAUCUUGAAGCUGAAGAGUACGUUCCUCUCCCCAAGGGCGAGGUGCACAAGAAGAAGGAGAUAGUACAGGUACGAGGUUUGAAUCAGAUUUUUGUCCACCAACAUAUCCAUUCCUCUGCAUGUUUCCCCGUUUUCUGCAGUUGUCAACCGAAUCUUCCCUAUUUUCUCUAAUCAUUAAUUUCAUCACUGUAAAAAACAAUCUUAUCUGAAAUUUUCCUUGAUUGGAUGGGUCAAAGAUAUCUGUUCCUCAAGUACAUUAUUUCAUGCUUGAUCUUAGAUCAAGAUGUCUAUAUUUGACUCUUCAACCGAAUAAGAAUGUUGUCUUUUUGAUCUCAUCAGGAUGUCACACUUCACGAUCUUGAUGCGGCCAAUGCUCGCCCACAGGGAGGUCAAGAUAUAUUAUCAUUGAUGGGCCAGAUGAUGAAACCCCGUAAGACUGAGAUCACAGAUAAACUGCGGCAGGAAAUAAACAAGGUUCUUCUUUGACCAAAUUUUCUCCCUCUAAACACCAUUAUCGAUUCCUGGACAUUAUUUUGCCCAUUUUUUUUGACAAGUACUUAAAACUGCAAGUCACCUGUGGGCUUUUGGCGUGAAUCCUCCUGUUUUGUGCUAUGUGCAUGGCUCUUUGACUUUAUUUUCCACGUGAGCUACCAGAGCGACUAUCCCCCAGUUAGUCAGAGGGGUGGGGGGCGCUUUGAAAUUUCCAUUUACAUAUGCUGACAAACUAGAAUAAUUUUCUUUGAUGAGCACACUCCGUCAAUUUCAGGUGGUGAAUAGGUACAUUGACGAGGGGGUAGCUGAGCUUGUCCCUGGUGUCCUAUUCAUUGACGAGGUACCCCUUUCAACUUGUUUCAGUGUCCUCUCCUCCCAGAACAUCGCAGCUCAUCACACGCCUCUACAUGGUUUUGUUUUUUUCAGGUUCACAUGCUGGAUAUGGAAUGUUUUUCAUACCUCAAUCGGGCUUUAGAGAGCUCAUUAUCUCCGAUUGUAAUAUUUGCUACCAACAGAGGAAUAUGUAAUGUGCGGUAUGGAAUCUUAACCCCUGAUUACUAGGUAUAUGUGAAAAUUUUUACAACGUUCAACCCAUGGGAAGACAAGUCAUGACGCUUUUAGGUGUUAGGGAUAUCUAUUUAUCAUGGCAGCAUAUGCUCAUGCAUAAGUUGAACAAGGAGCCCUUUCAAAUCGUUCAUCAUUUAGAUGCCUUUGCGACCGUAUAAAAUUAUUGUAUAAAUUUUCGGUUUUUCUUUUUUCUUUUCAAGGUUUUGGUGUUCUUUUCUGCAUUUCAUUUACAGACUAAUUCUUUUUCUGAAGAGGGACCGAUAUGAAUAGCCCGCAUGGCAUUCCUGUGGAUUUGCUCGAUCGGCUAGUGAUUGUUCGUACAGAAACUUAUGGACUAACGGAAAUGAUUCAGGUUGGCAUGCUGAUUUCGCCGCCCAUAAUUUCCCCAAGUUUAAUUGCCCGAUUUUCGUUAUUAAUUGCGGCGUUGAUUUUCUGAGGCCAGAUAUUAGCGAUCCGGGCUCAGGUCGAAGAGUUGGUCAUCGAUGAAGAAAGUCUGGCGUACCUUGGGGAAAUUGGUCAGCGAGCUUCGUUAAGGUCCUUUUUCUUCUCUUGAACAUAUUAUAUACAUUGAUUCCUAUUAUUAUCUGUCAGUCUGCAACCAUGAAAGAACCCACUUCUUUCUCUCAAGAGCAAUGGCGGCCGUGCCAUUUCUCUAGGAUUUUCACAGAGAGAGAGAGAGAGAGAGAGAGAAAGAGAGAAUGGAUCUCCUAUUCGUUCUAGUCUGUUCCUCUUGGCUUCGGUCCUUUCUGCUUGUAGAACACGUUCCGGCACUCUUCCCCCCCGCGUCCAAGCUCCCUCCUUUAAGCCACCUCUCCUCUUUGUCUCCUCAGGCACGCUGUCCAGUUGCUGUCCCCAGCGAGCAUCGUGUCUCGGACGAACGGCCGGGAAAAGAUCUGCAAGGUGCAGAAAUCUCCGAGCUCUCUCCCCCACCUCCGAAUUCCUUCCCGUGUGUUCUUGGAAUCUCUUCUGCUCAGCAGGAUUCCUCUCCUCUUACCCAUCAGCGAUCGCCGUGCUCGUCCUUAACUGCUUGUUCCCCUUGCAGGCCGACAUCGAAGAAGUGGCUGCUCUGUAUCUGGAUGCCAAGUCCUCCGCCAGGCUCCUCCAGGAGCAGCAGGAGAGAUACAUCGCCUGA